CGGCCGGCGGGGCGGGACGCUGCCUGGGGACUGGACACCGCAGCUGUGUGCCGGCAGCCCCGAGCCCCACCAGGUGGGUGACAGCGGGAGGUCCCAGCGUCCCUGCAGGCCGGUGGCUGGCUGCCCUCUCCUCUCCUGCACCAUGUCGGACGGCGAGGGCCCCUCUGCCGAUGACAGCGCCUCCGCGGCAAGUAGCAUGGAGGUGACAGACCGCAUCGCUUCCCUGGAGCAGCGGGUCCAGAUGCAAGAGGACGACAUCCAGCUGCUGAAGUCCGCCCUGGCCGAUGUGGUCCGGCGGCUGAACAUCACCGAGGAGCAGCAGGCCGUGCUGAACAGGAAAGGACCUACCAAAGCAAGACCGCUGGUGCAGGCCCUGCCACUGAGAACUACCGUCAACAAUGGCACUGUGUUACCAAAGAAACCCAGCGGCUCUCUGCCAUCCCCUUCCGGGACCAGGAAAGAAGCUGCUGUGCCGGCGUCAACCAAAAGCACCAUCAAGCGGACCAGCUCUUCUGAACGCGUGUCUCCUGGCGGCCGCAGGGAAAGCUACGGGGAUUCCAAAGGCAACCGGAACCGCACGGGCUCCACCAGCAGCUCUUCUAGUGGCAAAAAGAACAGCGAAAGCAAACCCAAGGAGCCCGUCUUCAGCGCGGCCCUUCUGUCUCUGUCUCCGAAAUCUCAAGGGAAGCGCCGGGUGACACACUGCAAAGACGAGGGGUACGUGAAGAUGUUCCUCCGCGGACGCCCGGUCACCAUGUACCUGCCCAGAGACCAGGUGGACUCCUACAUCCUGGAGGCCAGGGCGGACCUUCCCGCCAAGAGGCUGAAGCUGGAGUGGGUCUACGGGUACAGGGGCCGAGACUGCCGGAACAACCUGUACUUGCUCCCGACGGGCGAGACGGUGUAUUUCAUCGCAUCCGUGGUCGUGCUGUACAACGUGGAGGAGCAGCUCCAAAGGCAUUACGCCGGCCACAACGACGACGUGAAGUGCCUCGCGGUUCAUCCCGAUAAGAUCACGAUAGCGACGGGACAGGUCGCGGGCACGUCCAAGGACGGCAAACAACUGCCCCCGCACGUGCGCAUCUGGGAUUCCGUGACGUUGAAUACCCUGCACGUCAUCGGGACUGGGUUUUUUGACCGCGCCGUCACCUGCAUUGCCUUCUCUAAAUCGAACGGAGGGAGCAACCUGUGCGCUGUGGAUGACUCCAACGACCACGUGCUGUCCGUGUGGGACUGGCAGAGGGAGGAGCGGCUGGCCGACGUCAAGUGCUCCAACGAAGCUGUGUUUGCUGUGGAUUUCCACCCCACGGACACCAACAUCAUAGUCACCUGUGGAAAAUCCCACCUCUACUUUUGGACACUAGAAGGAAACUGCCUCAUUAAGAAGCAGGGGCUGUUCGAGAAGCAAGAAAAGCCAAAGUUUGUCCUCUGUGUGACUUUUUCUGAAAACGGGGACACCAUCACCGGAGACUCGAGUGGCAACAUCUUGGUGUGGGGAAAAGGUACGAAUCGGAUAAGCUACGCCAUUCAAGGGGCCCACGAAGGGGGCAUUUUUGCACUUUGCAUGUUAAGGGACGGCACCCUGGUGUCAGGAGGAGGAAAGGACCGAAAGCUCAUUUCUUGGAAUGGAAACUAUCAGAAGCUUCAUAAGACUGAGAUUCCAGAACAGUUUGGUCCAAUACGGACAGUGGCCGAAGGGAAAGGCGACGUGAUCCUGAUAGGCACGACCAGAAACUUCGUCCUCCAGGGCACACUCUCUGGGGACUUUGCAGCCAUUACUCAGGGUCACACCGAUGAGCUCUGGGGACUGGCCGUCCAUGCCUCCAAACCUCAGUUCCUGACCUGUGGACAUGACAGACAUGCGACUCUGUGGGACGCCGUCGGUCACCGGCCUGUCUGGGACAAAAUAAUAGAGGAUCCAGCUCAGUCUUCUGGUUUUCAUCCUUCAGGGUCUGUGGUUGCAGUCGGAACACUGACCGGGAGGUGGUUUGUGUUUGACACAGAAACAAAGGACCUGGUCACCGUGCACACGGACGGGAACGAACAGCUGUCUGUCAUGCGGUACUCACCAGAUCCACGAUGGCACCUGGCACUGUCCCUUAUAAUUGAUCGAAUGUUCAUUCUUAACAAUGGAAACAUAACACGUCAUGUCUUCGUAGAUGGGAACUUCUUAGCCAUAGGCUCCCACGACAACUGCAUCUAUAUCUACGGGGUCGGCGACAACGGGAGGAAGUACACGCGUGUCGGCAGGUGCUCGGGCCACUCCAGCUUCAUCACCCACCUGGACUGGUCUGUAAACUCCCAGUUCCUCGUGUCGAAUUCCGGAGACUACGAAAUCCUUUACUGGGUUCCCUCUGCUUGUAAGCAAGUUGUCAGCGUGGAAGCUACGAGGGACAUCGAAUGGGCUACGUACACGUGCACUUUGGGAUUCCAUGUCUUUGGAGUGUGGCCGGAAGGCUCGGACGGAACCGACAUCAAUGCCGUUUGCAGGGCCCACGAGAAAAAACUCCUGUCAACGGGCGAUGACUUCGGCAAAGUGCACCUCUUCUCCUACCCUUGCUCGCAGUUCCGGGCUCCCAGCCACGUGUACAGCGGACACAGCAGCCACGUCACCAACGUCGAGUUCCUCUGCGACGACAGCCACCUCAUCUCCACCGGCGGCAAAGACACGAGUAUCAUGCAGUGGCGGGUCGUGUAGUGCCGGCGGGGCCGCGGAGCAGAGCAGCCCGGGAAGCACCGGCUCGGUCGCUCAGUCACUGUGAUUUCUGUUUCAUCUGCAAAGUCCUCACAAACCUCAGGAAACCACUCCCUGUACCGGUUACCUUAGCUUAGCGAAUCAGCGAGCACCACGUCGGGUCAGCAGUUCAGGUCUCUCUGUUGUACAAUAAAUAAAACAGUUAAUGUAAAAAAAAAAA